ACACCUCGCGGUACCAUGCUGGAGUGUGCCGGAAAUAUCAACCGCCAAACGGAGAGACAUAUCCACUGGCCAGCGCCCAGCGGCCACCGUCAAUCUCCCCUCGCUCCCCGCCACUUCCCCGGCCGCCACGCGCGCAAGCUCGCCGUCUCCACGACCAUGAUCGCCACCGCUACCUUCUUCCCGUUCGCCUCCUCCUUCCACCGCCCGCGCCUCAGGCCCUGCAGCCCGCCGCGCGGCCGCGCCGUGGUCCUCCUGCCGCCGCCCCGGUCCGCCGCCUCCUCUUCUUCUGCCUCCUCCUCCUCGUCCUGGGAGGAGCGCGAGGAAGCGCGGUGGCUCCGCGAGGAGCAACGGUGGCUGCGGGAGGAGCAGCGCUGGCUCCGCGAGGAGUCCCGCUGGCGCGCCGAGCGCGACGCCCUCCUCUCCGAGAUCGCCGCGCUCCAUCUGCGCCUCCGCGCGCUCGAGCCCGCCGCCGUAGAAGACUCGGUGUCCGCCGUCCCGUUUCCUCCGCCCACGCCCACGCCCACGCCCACGCCCAAGGCGCGCGUGGCUCCUGUUCCGCCGCCCAAGCCGGCCGCGCCGGUGGAGGUGAGGAAGGAGGUGGUGGUGGAGGAGAAGCCAAAGGCGAAAGCGGGGAGCAGCGGCAGCGGCAAGAGGAGGGCUCUGAGGGUAGGGAGCGAAGGGGAGGAAGUGCGCGCGAUGCAGGAAGCUUUGGAGAAGCUUGGUUAUUAUUCGGGUGAAGAGGACACGGAGUUCUCCAGUUUUUCAACUGGCACAGAACGAGCUGUGAAGACCUGGCAGGCGUCGAUAGGGACUUCUGAGGAUGGAUUGAUGACAUCGGAGCUGCUUGAGAUGUUAUUUACAGGACAGACCGUGGACGAUCUGAAAACAAAAGCAGGCCUAAACGGAGCAAUUGUCCCUCCUGUAACAGGAAUUUCAGAGAUUCAACAAACUGCGGUAAGAGAAAAUGGUAUCUCAGUGUCUGAACACAAAGUGUAUCUUCUUGGUGAAAACAGGUGGGAAGAUCCAUCCAGGCUGACAAAAAAGAAUAAACCAAUCAGUGGUGCUACUACUGCAUCAACAAAGCAGUGCAUCACUUGUCGAGGUGAAGGACGCCUCCUGUGCCUAGAAUGCGAUGGAACAGGUGAACCCAACAUCGAACCACAGUUCUUGGAGUGGGUUGGCGAAGAUACUAAGUGCCCAUACUGUGAAGGCCUUGGCUACACUGUAUGUGAUGUCUGUGCAGGGAGUAAAACAGUGCAAAGUUAGAGCAACCUUCAGCCUUAUUUACGAACAUCUAUAGCAGUUCAUAUCGAUGAUAGCUAACUAUUCCAGUUUUACCGUGAUAUUUGUUGAAUAUGUAUUCACAUUGCCAGUGUUACUGGCUUGCCAUCCAAACAGAAAGUAGAUGCUUAGAGAUUAGAGGCAAUACUGUACAAUAGGAGAUGAAAAAACAAUAACAAAGAAAAUGGUUGCUUUUCAACUCAAACUUGUAAAAUUGGCAUACUGUUAAUGUUUUCACAAGUCAAAUUUCUCUUUACAUC